AUGGCGGACGUGCAGGUUGGCGACCUGGUGAACGUGCCUGGUGGCAUGUACGGCACCGUCAAAUACUUGGGCACCGUGGCGGGCAAGCCUGGCCGCUUUGCAGGAAUUGAACUCGGGGCCGAACACGCGCAACGAGGGAAAAAUAGCGGCGAUGUGGAGGGCCGACAGUAUUUCGCGACAUCCGUGCCCGGCUCGGGUAUCUUCGUGCCCAUGAACAACAGCAAAUACGUCACGCUGCGAGUCCCCUCGGCCAGCACAUUCGCGGUGCCCACGACUCCUGCGCGCGCCCCGCCGGUCAACUUCAGCAAAUCCAUGGGUCCCAGCCCGUCGAUGCCUCGUCCGCGAAUCCGCCGGCCAUCUCUACCUCGUCCGGAGUCCCCGCGAACCACCGUCUCGCCUCCCAAGUUAAGCCUGGGGGGCCUUCGCACCCCCUCGGCGGCGUCGAGAACGUCGGCCUCCAACGGAUUCCAGCGCAGCCCAAUCAAAAGCCCGGUUAAAGCUCCCUCUCGGCUGUCAGAUCGACCUCCGUCUCGAAUUAGCUUGGAUGAUGAUAACGCGUCGACAUAUGGCCGGCCGUCGGAUUUCCAGCGGCCUUCCUCGGCGGAGACCCAAGAGCUGAAGGAUCAUAUCAAGAACCCUGGGCGACUUUCAAAAACUCUCGAGGAACUCGAAGGGUCGGAUUCGCUGAACAUCCGGGCUCAACUACGCGAGCGAAACGAACGGAUCAACCAAUUGACCGCCGAAUUCGACGGUCAUCGAGCGGACUUUCGGAGUACAUUGGACACCUUGGAGAUUGCGGCGUCCGAGACGGAACGCGUUUAUGAGCAGCGCCUGGAUGAGCUUCUCCAACAGAAUAAGGAGCUACAGGACCGAGGGGAAGAUGUCGAGAUUGUGGCACAGCAGCUGAAACAACUGGAAGAAUUGGUCUCAGAACUCGAGGAGGGCCUCGAAGACGCAAGGCGGGGCGAGGCAGAAGCAAGGGCCGAGGUGGAAUUCCUCCGCGGCGAAGUUGAGCGGACCAAGUUGGAGUUACAGAAAGAACGCGAUCAUGGAGCCGCCGCUCUUAAGGGUGCGCAAGCGGCAGCUGAGAGCCCUCGCAACUCCCACGAGCUGGAGCAGAAGGAUGAUGAGAUUCGAGGGCUGAAAGCCAUCAUCCACUCUCUCAGCCGUGGUAACCCGAGUGCGGCUAACCUGGGCGAACACAGCCAUGCGGAAGUCCACAACGACCAGAAAGAGCAGGUUUCCCAGUUGGAACAACGGCUGCAGGAGGUCGAGGGCACCGCGCAGCGCAAAGACACUCGGAUCGAAGAGCUGGAGAGAGAACUGCAGGAGUUCCGCAUGAACUCCAACUCCGGUAGCCGCAAUCGCAGCUCCACCAUUACUCUCUCCCCCAAGCAGCAUAAGCCGACAAACUCGUCCAGCAACAUCUCCGUCAACCACAAUAUCAACCAUGCGCAUCGUCUCUCCGACCGCACGGUGGUGCCGAAUGACUGGAACGACCCUCCCGUGAAUGGUCCGCCCCAGCACCACCGUGGCACGUCGAGCUCCUCCCAGCCACGGUUGGAGCCAAUGCCAGAAUCAGAGCGCUCUUCUGAUGACGAUACCCUGUGGUGUGAGAUCUGCGAGACCGGUGGCCAUGACAUCUUGAACUGCACCAGCAUGUUCGGCUCUGACAAGAAAAAUGCUCCUCAAGAAAAGACUCCCGAUGCUUCGACCGAGAAGCAUGACAUCUUGGCUGAUGAACAGCGGGUACCAACUCCAGUUGGCUCCGAGAGCCACACCGGGAGUUUGCCGUCCCAGAAGACCGGCCGGGACGUUGUCCUUGAAGGACUGAAAGGUAUUGGCGGCCUCGGAUCCUCCAUGGAUCCCAUUGCCGGCAAGUCAUCUGGUAUCAUUGACGAGUCGAAGUGGUGUGCUCUCUGUGAACGGGAUGGCCAUGAGAGCAUUGACUGUCCUUUUGAUGAAUAA